UAUUGAUAUACCAGUAGAAUGUAGCCAUGAUACUAUUAUUAAUCUUUUUAAAAAAUGAUUACUGAACUUUUCCCCGCGCAAAGCAUGUCCUAUAAAAUUGCCUCAAGUGCGUCACCAUCAUUUAUAGAAAACAUGUUACCUCUUGAUGUUUUGGCUGCUGUAGCUUCCCAAACACUCCGGAAUGAAAUAACACCAUCUCCAGGUAGAGAAAAGAUUUCUACUGAAAAUAAAAAAUGGUUCAAAAAAUCUCUUUCUUCAGACCACUUUACUUUAGAUGAAGUAAGAGCAUUGCCCACCAAAUCAUUAGUUUUAAAAUUUUCAGAAAUGAAAUCUGAUGAACUAACUAAAAAGUACUCUUAUAAGUGUAUGUUAAUUCCCGAAAAAUGCACCGUUGUGUAUAAAAGCUUCGGUAAUGAAAAAAAAGCAUUCGAUAAAAUUAAGGAUCAUUUACUUCAUCAUGUUGCACAUUUGAUGACUGAAUCUGAGUCCAAAGGUAGUAAAAACAAAUUCUUUACUUCUGUGCCAUUAUUUCCUACAAAAUGUACCGAAAAAUCUCCCAAGCGAAGUAGUUUGAAAGUCCCAAAGAAGCAACAGGCAUUGCUCACUAAGGUUUUACCUAACACUGAAUCUCGAACUGUUUUUAAAACAACGAAACGAAAAUCAACAUAUGUUGUAAAUAAGUUAAAAAAGAAAUUUUCCAAAGAUUUCCCAUCUCUGAAUCAUUUUGAUACAAGAAAAAUGGAAAAAACUGUUGUAAAGAAAGGAACCAAUCACAAGUUUUCAUUUGAAGCAGCCGAAAAGAAAAGCAGAAAAUCUCCCCAGCAGAAAUCAGUGUACAGGAAGCUGAAUGACUCGGUUGACUUGUCACCUUCAACAACUAAUGGUUCAUAUAACAAAUUUACUCCUGUGCAGAACGAAGAGGAGUGUGAAAGUAAUGUUCAAAUUGAUCCAAACUUUGAUGCUUUAUAUGAAGCUUGUGUGUCUGUGUAUGAUGAUAUCAUGACCAAGGAAAAAGCAGAACAAGAAAUAAAAAAGGAACCCGGCACUUCCCUUUUGGAAUCUGACGAUCAUUCCAUCGUGACACAUGACCAUACCUAUGCAGCUAUCGAUGAGGCAAAGAAGAAUGAGAAGUUAUCACAUGAAGUGAAAAGAUGUGCUUCAGAAACUCAGAAGUUCGUUCCUGGCGUUAAACGUUUUACUGUGCCUUCUCAGCUCAUCAUUAAAACGCCUCCUUUCCCGUUUGUGCAUACUCCUCUUUUGCCCGAUCUUGCUGAAAUUAAAGAAAUUGGUAUGAAUGAAGUGGAUUGUUCGGAAAAUAUGCUUCAAAGUGAGGGUGAUUCUUCAUUUAUUAGAACCAAAGUGAAAUCGGAAAAGUUCUCGGAUGAGGAUUCUCGUAUCGAUUCCGCUUCGGUGUUAGAGUGUGUCGAAAACAGAGUGAAUGUUAAGCAGACAAAUAGCAUCUCGUCUAAAAACUCAUUUACCGCCGCGGAAAAUGACGAAAAUCUAGAAAAUAUGCAGAAAUGUGAGAAGGAGCUUGCUUUGAAGUAUAUAGCAAAGCUGUAUGCAAAAAAGAAAAAGCAAAGCAAUGGCUCACUUAUAUGCCAGAUUUGUAAAGAUAAAUACUUCACUGCUCAAGCAACUUUGAUUCAUCAUUAUCGCAGCCAUGCCGGCAUUAAGCCUUACACAUGUAACAUUUGCAGCUCAACGUUCACGCGACAGCAUAGUCUGAACUAUCACAUGCUUAUUCAUCAAAAUUUGAGUCGGUUCACGUGUGCUCAUUGUGGUCGCACGUUCAGGCAUCCCAGUCACUAUAAAGAACACUUGAGGCGCCAUACUGGGGAAGCUCCAUUUCACUGUAGAGAUUGUGACUUACAUUUUAAAACUAGAAACACUUUCAAGAGACAUUUAAGAACGCGUCACCAGAAACUUCUCACUUCCCAUGGUUUGAAAGACAUGUCCUCUGAUUCAUCACCUUGAAUUGAUGUGUUUGUUGUUAUAAUAAAUAGCUUAUUGCCUCUCCCUGGUAAGUUGAGUUAUGAUGCUAACAAUGUUGACCGUUCUUUGGAACGUUCAGUGAAAAGAUGACCUGUCAUUGGCACGGAUUUCAGUUAGAAUACGAGGUGGGAGUCUUGGCGUAUACUGCAGCAUUGAU